AUGAGUUACUCGUAUUCGCACAGCGCUGGCGUCCACGCUUAUCGCCCUGCUCGCCCGAAUCUUCCCGCGUCGUCGUCGAACCUGUGGGAUUCGGUGCAGGAUGCCAUGCCGGUCUGGGCCAAACAAUGGAUGGCCCAGGUCCAACUCCAUCACAUUCCCUGGACGCGGAGUAGCGACGGGAUCGACAUGAAAACGCUGGUGGCGAGGGUGGUACGGUGCAUAUUCAGCGUCAAAAAUGCAUUGAUUCUACUGUGGUGCUUCACUCUGUGGUGGGGCGAGCGCACGGUGUUUCGCGAUACGCUGGCGACGUGCGCCUGGAAUAAUUGGGAGAAAUGGCCCCAGCAUGCUACGCCGCACCAUGUCGCCUUCAUCGCCGACCCCCAACUGGUCGAUCCCCAUACCUAUCCCGGUCGCCCUUGGCCGCUGUCCACGUUGACGGUCAAAUUUACGGAUCAAUACCUCCGCCGCUCUUUUUCGUCGAUACAGACGACCUUUGGGCCCGACUCGGUGGUGUUUCUCGGCGAUCUGUUCGAUGGUGGUCGCGAGUGGGGUACCAGGGACAGCUCCAGCCCGGAGAAACGAUAUCAAAAAUACAAGGAUACGUUCUGGAAGGACGAAUACCAUCGCUUCGUGAAGAUUUUCGCCGACCAGUGGAAUGACGGGGACUGGGCAACCUCCGACCCACGCGGCCGCAGGAUGAUCUCCAGUCUGCCUGGUAACCACGAUCUGGGCUUCGGUUCAGGCAUCCAGAUCCCCGUGCGGGAUCGAUUCCAGGCUUUCUUUGGCAAGGGAAACCGCGUCGACAUUAUCGGAAACCAUACAUUUGUCUCGAUCGAUACUGUGUCGCUCAGCGCCAUGGACCAGCCUGACCCGGAGACGGGGAGCUCGGGAACUGGCUCAGGCGAUGGUAUCCAGCCAAAUGAGCGUAUCUGGAAGGAACCGGAGGAGUUCCUCAACAAUAUGAAGGUCCACCGGGGCAAGGCAGAGGCGAAGGAGCUGCGCAUGCUGAGGAACCAGAGUGAGGGUCAUUUGUUUGACCACAAGGUGGUCGACGACGUCUCGCAGCCCACCCUGCAUCGAGACACCCCGCUGGAGGACUCGGACCUCCCUGCUAUUCUUCUCACGCAUGUCCCGUUGUAUCGCAAGCCGGGCACGCCCUGCGGGCCUCUGCGCGAACGCUACCCACCCUCCUCCGACGAGGAGUUAGAAGAAGACGACCGCAAUGCCAUCACGAUUGGCAGCGGCUAUCAGUACCAGAACGUCCUCACGCCGAGUAUCUCCAAGGACCUGGUGAGCAAGAUCGGGCCCAAUCUAAUGCAUGUAUACUCGGGUGAUGACCACGACUACUGUGAGAUCUCCCAUCGGGAGUUUAGCGGGUCGCCGAAGGAAAUCACCGUGAAGAGUUUGUCCUGGGCCAUGGGCGUCCGCCGGCCGGGGUUUGUGCUUACGAGUCUCUGGAACCCGAUUGACCCUGCUACGGGGCACUCCUCCGGACAAGUGCGGUCCGGGGCCACCAUCCAGAACCAUCUCUGCCUUCUGCCGGACCAGCUGUCCAUCUUCAUCCAUUACGGUCUCGUAUUUGGGUUGACUCUUGCGGUGCUCCUUGCGCGGGCCGUCUUUUGCGUCAAAUACGCGGCCCCCACGGGCACCCCAGGCCCCAUCCUCCCUCUUUCGGAGACUAGACCAUACUCCCAGUCCCCGGCUGUGUCCAAAACUCCCUCUUCUAGUCCCGACGAGGAUGACAUGGACGGCUCGAAGUGGAAGCCGGGACGGUCGGGGAGUUCUGAUCGCCCGCUCGACCGCAUCCGAGGGGAGUUUUUAACAUCUGUGAAGAGCGUUGCGAUGAUUGUACUCGCAUGGUACUUUUUCCUGAUAUGGCGAUGGUAG